AUGGCAGAUCAAGGUACAAAUGAUUUCUUUUUAUAUUUAUAAUAUUAUCUUUUUUAUAUAAUGUAAAAUUUGAGCGGCUGACAACAUUUAUAGUUACACAUAUUACAUUUUAAUUAUUUUGAAAAUUCUCAUAGCAUUUAUUUAAUUUAAACGUAACAUAAAUAGUCGUACAGAUAUUUUGAAAUUUACUCAGUAAUUUUCUAAAUGAUCAAAGGAAUACAUUUUACUAUUGAUAUUAAAUUUCGAGGUUCUUAAUAAUGUUCAAUGUAAUUAUAAAUUGAUUUCUUUUAAUGUUUCAGCUAUUCCUUCAAAAGACAAUUAUGAAAGUGAAACGGAUGAAACAAGCGACAAUGAUAGCGGAGAUGAUUGGGAUGAAGUAACAGAAGAUUUUGAAUCUAUACCAUGCCUUUUUUGUAAUGAAAUCACCAGUAACUUUUCUAUGGCAUUGGAGCACCUUACAGCAUUACAUAAAUUUGAUUUGAAAGACUAUAUAAUCAAAAAUUGUUUGGAUACUUAUACCUACAUUAAAUUAAUUAAUUUUAUUAGACACAAAAAUAUCUUGCCUGAUCAAUUGAAUGCAUUAAGCAUAAAAACAUGGGAAAAUGAAGAAUAUUUAAGACCUGUUAUAGAAAAUGAUCCUUGGCUAAUGUUUGAUAUUGAAGAGAUAGAAGAAAAAAUAACGAAACCUGUUGCAUAUACUGUAAAUUGGGAGAAUGGUCGCGUCACAAUGUCUGAGACACAUUUCGCUGAAUUACAAAGAACUAUACAAAUACUUAAAGUGCAAUUAGAACAACGUGAAUCAGCAUGCUUCUUAGCAAAACAGCAAAUAGAUGAAAUGUCAGAAAAAGCACAAAAAUUGGUUUUGGAUAGCGAUUUAGAUGAAAACAAUAGCCUUAAAUCUGGUAAUUCUAAUUGUAACGUUGAUAAGGGUUACUUUAAUACAUACAAUCAUUUUGCUAUACAUCAUGAGAUGUUAACAGACAAAGUACGGACUGAAAGUUAUAGAGAUGCAUUAUUAACAAAUGCUAAUAAAUUUAGUAAUUGUGUGGUACUAGAUGUUGGUUGUGGAACUGGCAUUCUUUCUAUGUUUGCAGCGAAAACCGGAUGUCGCAAAGUAAUCAGUGUAGAUCAGUCUGAUAUAAUAUACCAUGCAAUUGAUAUAAUAAGGGAAAACAAUUUAAGCGAUAUUAUCACUUUAAAAAAAGGUCGGCUCGAGGAUAUUAACCUUGACGAAAAUAAAGUAGAUGCGAUCGUGUCUGAAUGGAUGGGAUAUUUUCUCCUGUUCGAAGGUAUGUUGGACACAGUGAUUUACGCAAGGGAUAAUUAUUUAACUCCCGGUGGAAUACUUCUUCCUAAUAGAUGUACACUCAGUAUUGUGGGAAGUGGAGAUACAAGAAGAUAUGUUGAACUUAUUGAUUAUUGGUCAAAUGUGUACGGUUUUAAAAUGAGUUGUAUGAAAGCGGAAGUUGUGCGUGAGCCGAGCAUAGAAAUUUGUAAUGCCGACGAAUUAAUAACGAGCACUGUUGAAAUUCAAGCGUUCGAUUUAUACAAAGUUACGAAAGAUUGCGUAAACUUCUCGUCACCUUUCGAACUUAAAGUAAAGAAGACUGGAUCACUGACCGCAAUUGUUGGCUAUUUUGAUAUCUUCUUUGACUUGGACAAUCCAAUUUAUUUUAGCACGGGACCUUGCUCGCCUCCAACACAUUGGAAACAAACAGUAUUUUCGUUGAGUGAACCUAUUAGCAUUACCGAAGGUAAGUUCAAUAAAAGUUGAAAUAUAAAAGUUACUGAUUGUUAAAUGGAGAAAAGUAAAUGCAAGAAUUUUUUAUAGGGGAAAUAUUACGUGGUAAAUUAGUCUGUCGUAGACACGUCCGAGACAUUCGAGGACUUAUGAUUACAAUUCAUAUUAAGAAUAUGAGCCAAGUUUAUUAUUUAGAGUAAUCGCUUUGAGGACUAUUUAGUAGACGUAAGUGCCAAAAAAGGGGAAAAAAAGAUAAAAAUCAAAUAAAAAUAUAGGGUCCAUAACAGCUUGCUGACUAUAAAACUGUUGACGACUAUCAUUAAAAAUUAAAUAGUAGGUGAGGUGCGAAAAAACAUAGGAAAAAUCGUUCGAUACCCGUAUUUUUUACGAUAUUGCGAUUUACAUUUUAAACCCUUUUAAAGACCGUAGAAAUUAUAUAACUCGGUAUAUAUACGAAAAGCUUCGUCUCCUGCAAUGAUGAGGGUAGAUAUAAAUAAUUUUUAUAGAAUUUUUUUAUUUUAUUAAAAUUUUUUUAUAUAGCCAAAGAUUAUGUUGAUCGUUUUUUAUAAAUUAUCUUACAUAAGCACAGUGCACAUUCUUUCUACAGGACAUCGUCGUAAUUAAUGCGAACUUUAUAGUAGACAUUGUUUACGAUCUGUGCCUUUUUCACAACUUACAUUUGUAAUUGACCAUAAAGUUAAUAUUUUGAAAGAUUAAGUAGUUCCGAGAUAAAAGUGAUAUGGUAAUGUUUCAUUUUACAAUUCCGUCGAAUUAUGAAAAAAGUUUUCACGAUAGUGAUAAAAGAGAUAUUUAAGUAUGUAACCUGGUUGCACAAAUAUUUUAUUGAGUCAAAUAAUGAUUACGGUCAGUUUUAAAUUUGAAAUAUGAUACUCCUUUGGAUGCAUGUAUUUGAAAAAAAAAAUCAAGUUUAAUUAGUGCACCCGGGAUUCUUGUUACGCUUUCAUUAUACAAACAACGAUUUCGAAUUCGCUCAAGUUAAAUAUAAUCCAGCAGUCCUAUAAAUAAUUCCGACAAAUGAAUUAAAAAGGAAAUAUGCAUGCUUUUUACUGGCAUAUCUUCUUCCGUCGCGAUACUGUGUAUCUUGAAUUUUAAUAAUUGAUAAUGAAAUCGUCCAGAAUUUAUUUAAAAAUACAAAUAUUUUUGCCAGUUUUCUUGCAUGUACUAUUGUAGAAUAAGUAUUCAUAUUUAAUAAUUAACCGUUAAUGAGAUGAAAAUGGAUACCAAUUCAACAUCCUAUCUUAUGUAGUUCAUAAAAAAAAUAAUGUGAUUACUCUCGAUUUCGUUUAAGUCCAUUCUAGGAAAAAAUCCAAAAUGGCCCCAUAUUGCUUACGAACUUGUAAUUUAGUUCCCUCUUUUAAAAUUGCCCUGCACGUUAUUUAUAAGCCAGGGUCAAUUUAAAAAGUACUUAUGCUUCCAGGUUAAGGUAUGUAAUACAACUCUGUGAUAUAAAAAAAUAAGUAAUAGUAAAUUUAUUUGAUCGUAAGUCAGGAGAAUUAUUGCCUUUCUUGAUUAUAAUAUAUAUACUUUUACAUAAGUAAAUAAUCUAUUAUGCUAUGCUUAAAAUCAAAUAAAUUGAAAAAAAAUCUUACAAGUUUAAAUUAUUUCGCAUUCACAUGUUGCUAUCACGUAUUUUUAUGGAGUCAAUCAUACAUAUAUAUAUAUAAUUUUUUUUUUUAUAUAUAUAAAAAUGUGAAAAAUCUCAACAUUUUUAUUUUCAUUCACACUAUUUUUCUUUACAUUAUUUAAAUCUCAGUAUGUAUCAUCUAUAAUACUACUUUUUUUUUCUUAGUCUUUUAAAAUUAUCGAUAAAAUUGAUACUCGAACAAUUAACAAAAUACUUAUAAUUUCCUUUUCAGUAUCAAAAUAUGUUUACAAGUUUACAAAAAUGUUAUCUUUUUUAAAAAAAACUUUAAGAUGUAUGCUGUAAGCGAAGUUUACAGUAGAUCACAAACGUUACUUUUAUUUUUUUGUACAAUUUUUAUAGCAAAUGAAAUCCUAAACCUUCAAUAUCGGAAGUUUGGAUUGUCAGUUUGCCAACCUUUUGCAUUUGGUCCAAACUGA